AUGGAUAAUUGUGAUGAUCAGUUGGUGUCUGGUUUGCCUCAGUCAUCAUUCAGUAGUUCAUCAGAGCUGUCUAGCAGUCACAGCCCUGGAUUUGCAAGGCUCAAUCGAAGAGAGGGUGCUGGUGGUUGGUCUCCACUUGUGUCCAAUAAAUAUCAAUGGCUUCAGAUUGAUCUUGGUGAAAGAGCUGAGAUAACUGCUGUUGCUACUCAAGGUGGUUAUGGGAGCUCCGACUGGGUAACAAGCUACCUUCUGAUGUUCAGUGAUAGUGGACGAAACUGGAAGCAGUAUCGUCAAGAAGAAAGCACAUGGGCAUUUUCUGGAAACACAAAUGCAGAUAGUGUUGUAUACUACAGGCUUCAGCAUUCCAUUAAAGCAAGAUUUCUCCGCUUUGUGCCUUUGGACUGGAAUCCUAAUGGUAGAAUAGGAAUGCGCAUCGAAGUGUAUGGAUGCAUGUACAGGUCCGAGGUGGUUGGUUUUGAUGGGAAAAGUUGUCUAAUUUACACAUUUAAUCAAAAACUCAUGAGUACACUGAAAGACGUGAUUUCUCUGAAGUUUAAGACAAUGCAAAGUGAUGGAAUUCUCCUCCACAGAGAAGGACAGAAUGGAGACCACAUCACCCUGGAAUUACUUAAAGGAAAGCUGUCCCUUCUUAUUAAUUUAGGUGAUGAUAAAACUCAUUCUUCUAAUACCCAAAUUAAUAUUACCCUGGGCAGUCUUUUGGAUGAUCAACAUUGGCAUUCUGUUCUCAUUGAGCACUUUAACAAUCAAGUAAACUUUACAGUGGAUAAACACAAUUAUCAUUUUCAUGCCAAAGGAGAAUUCAAUUAUUUGGAUCUUGAUUAUGAGCUCAGCUUUGGAGGGAUCCCAGUGCCUGGAAAAUCAGGGGCAUUGUCACGCAGGAAUUUUCAUGGGUGUUUUGAGAAUAUUUAUUAUAAUGGAGUGAGCAUUAUUGACCUGGCCAGGAGGCAUAGAUCUCAGAUCUCCUUUGUGGGCAACAUAUCUUUCUUGUGUUUAGAGCCACAUGUGAUUCCUGUUACAUUUCUGAGCUCCAGGAGUUACCUGGCACUGCCUGGCACUUCGGGCCAAGAAGAAGUUUCCAUCAGUUUCCAAUUUCGCACCUGGAACAAAGAGGGACUUCUGUUAUCUAGUAAAGUACAUCGGUCCUCAGGUGGUUUCCUGUUAUAUCUGAGUGAUGGGAAAGUUAAAAUCAAUCUUCAUAAGCCAGGCAAAGCCUUGAGUGACAUUAGUGCAGGUGCUGGAUUAAAUAAUGGUCAGUGGCAUUCUGUAUUCUUCUCUGCCAAAAGAAAUCGUAUCACCUUAAUAGUGGACAACGAUAUGACCUCAUCUGCUCAUUCCUCCAUAUCUCUGCAAAUUUAUUCAGCAGACACAUUCUACUUUGGAGGCUGCCCGAACAGUGAAAACAAUUCUGAAUGUAAAAGCUCAUUUGGUGGCUUUCAAGGAUGUAUGCAACUCAUUUCUAUUGGCAACAAAGCAGUGGAUAUGAACUCAGUUCAGCAAAAUAUUUUUGGCAAUUUCAGCGACCUUCAGAUAGAUUUAUGUGGCAUUAUAGACAGAUGCUUGCCUAAUUACUGUGAACAUGGUGGGGAAUGUUCACAGUCCUGGAACAGCUUCUACUGUAACUGUACCAAUACUGGCUACAAGGGAGCUACUUGUCAUUAUCCUAUCUACGAACAAUCAUGUGAAGCCUAUAAGCACAGAGGGAACACUUCAGGCUUUUACAAUAUCGAUUCAGAUGGAAGUGGCCCCUUGGGACCGUUUCUUGUAUACUGUAAUAUGACAGAUGCAACAUGGACAAUUAUACAGCACAACAACACCAACUUAACCAGAGUCAAAAGUGCUAAUCGAGAGAACCCACACACUAUGUUUUUCAAGUACUCUGCCAGCCUAGACCAGCUUCAAGCUGCAAUUAACCAUGCAGAACACUGUGAACAGGAGCUUGCUUACCACUGCAAAAAAUCAAGGCUUUUAGAUAAGACAGAUGGGUUGCCAUUGAGCUGGUGGAUUGGAAGGACCAAUGAAACACAGACAUACUGGGGAGGUUCCUCGCCUACUGUUCAGAAAUGUGCUUGUGGCAUAGAGGGAAGCUGCAUUGACUCCCAGCAUUACUGCAACUGCAAUGCUGACAGAAAUGAAUGGACUAAUGAUACUGGGUUCCUUUCCCACAAGGAGCAUCUACCAGUAACAGAAAUUGUGAUUACAGACACUGACAGACCAAAUUCUGAAGCAGCUUACAGACUAGGGCCUUUGCUUUGCCAUGGUGACCGAGCAUUUUGGAAUUCAGCAUCGUUCAACACAGAGACAUCUUACCUGCAUUUCCCCACACUCCAUGGAGAACUCAGUGCAGAUGUAUCAUUUUUCUUUAAAACUACUGCUUCCUCAGGAGUGUUUUUAGAAAAUCUGGGAAUUCAAGACUUCAUAAGGAUAGAGUUAUACUCCCCAUAUGAAGUGAUUUUUUCAUUCGAUGUUGGAAAUGGACCUCGUGAAGUUACAGUGCAGUCACUCACUUCCUUAAAUGACAACCAGUGGCAUUAUGUCAAGGCUGAACGAAACAUCAAAGAGGCAUCCUUACAAGUAGAUCAGCUUCCUCAAAAGUUUCAUGCAGCUCCACCUGAUGGGCAUAUUCGGUUGCAACUCAACAGCCAACUUUUUGUAGGUGGGACAGCAUCUAGACAGAAAGGAUUUUUGGGAUGCAUUCGUUCAUUACAGUUAAAUGGAAUGGCCCUUGACCUGGAAGAGAGAGCGAAGAUAACACCAGGAGUUGAACCAGGAUGUCCUGGACAUUGUAGUAGCUAUGGUAACCUGUGUCACAAUGGUGGAAAAUGCAGAGAGAAAUACAGUGGAUUCUCUUGUGACUGCAGUUUCUCUGCCUAUGCCGGGCCAUUCUGUAAGACAGAGAUCUCUGCCUAUUUUGGAACUGGAAGUUCUGUGAUAUACAAUUUUCAGGAAUACUACACCUUCAAUAAAAAUUCCAGUUCUCAUGCUUCUUCUUUCUAUGCUGACAUGACACUGAGCAGGGAAACAAUCACAUUUGCCUUCCGAACAACACGGACACCAAGCCUACUGCUUUAUGUCAGCUCCUUCUACAAGGAAUAUCUCUCAGUCAUUCUAACCGGAAAUGGAAGUUUACAGAUCAGGUACAAACUAGAUAGCCAUCAAGAUCCUGAUGUCUUCACCAUCAAUUUCAGAAGCAUGGCUGAUGGACAGCUACACCAUGUGAAGAUUAACAGAGAGGAGGAAAUGCUCCUUGUAGAGGUUAACCAGAAUGAAAGAAUGAAAUUUAUUCUGUCUUCAGGCACAGAAUUCAAUGCAAUCAAGUCUCUCAUACUUGGCAAGAUUUUAGAAAACAGUGAUGUAGACGAGGAGACAAUGAAGGCAAACUCUCGGGGUUUUAUUGGAUGCCUCUCUUCAGUGCAGUUCAAUCACAUCGCUCCUUUGAAAUCUGCAUUGCACCACAGCAGCUCAGCCCCCAUCAUUGUGACGGGACGCUUUACAGAAUCCAGCUGUGGUACUUUAACUGGAGCCGACUCAACAUCGAGUGAAACAACACAUUCAUCUGCAGAUCAUUCUGGACCAAUAGAUGAGAGAGAGCCCUUAAAUAAUGCAAGCAGAAAUGACUCUGCAAUUAUUGGAGGUGUGAUAGCAGUUGUGAUAUUCAUCGUCCUUUGCAUCACUGCCAUAGCCAUACACAUUUAUAUAAAAAAAAGCAUAUACUCAAAAAAUGAGACAAAAGGAUCUGAAAAUGAAGACAGUGCUGAAUCUGCACUGAAAAGUGAGCUUACUACACAAAACACUGCCAGUGAAAAUCAAAAGGAAUACUUCUUCUGA